AUGCCGUACUACUACGUUUCUACUGAUUCGGAAGACUCGGACAACGACUUCGAUCGCUACUCCAAGAAAAUUAACGCCCGCCGCUCAAAGUCGCACAAGGCCUCCAAGCCCGCUUCCAAACGCUCAAAGGUGAGCAAGGCCACCGAGAGCUUGCCACCCAAGCCCUCCAACAAGAAGCUUGCUCUGGAGUACGAAGCCGCCGAGUGCUUUGAGAUUUUCGACCGCUGCGCUGAGCUGGAUCUCGAUUCUGUAGUGGGUGAUGCUGAGUUCCUUUCCACCUUCGCUGACCUGCUCCAGGAGCUCCAGGCCCGUUUGGAGAGCAUUUUGUCCCGUGCCUAUGGCAAGGCAAACCAGCGUUUCCGCCGCCGCGUUGCCUUCUACAUUGCUGCCGUCAGUGACUUGCUGGGCGAGGUCGCAGAGCUGCUUGAACAGGAAUUCGAAGAGGAAAUCGCUUCUGCCUCUGAGGAGGACUCAGACGACGACUCCGACCGUGAGAUUGAUCCCAACGACAGCGAGCUGGACUCCGAGGAAGUUGAGGCCGUUUUGGCUCAGGCCGAAGCGGACGAUGUCAGCGACAACACCGACUCCGAGAUCGAAUUCGUCGAGGUCCACUCUGAUAUCGAGGACUCUGAUGUCGACAUGUCCGAGAGCGAGCUCGACAGCGAUGUUUUGAUUUAUGCUGACAGCGACGAGGACAUUUCUGCUGCUGAUUCCGAGUCCGAGUCUGACGACGAGGACGAUUCUGAGGACGAGUUCUCUGAUGUUUCUAUUUACGAAGUCGGCUCUGAUGACGAGGAGGAGAUUGUUUACUUGAGUGACCUUGAGCCUGCUGCUGAUUGUGGCUCCGAGUGUGAGUGCACUUCCAGCUCCACCUCUUCUUCUUCAUCCAGCUCCAGCUCCAGCUCCAGCUCGAGCUCGAGCUCAAGCUCCGAGUCCGACUCCGAGUCUGAGGUUUUCGAACUCUACUAA